CGAAACGCGUGCAAGCCAAAACGCAUGUAAGUAAGAUUUUAAGAUUUUAGUAGAAACUUGUGUUGCAUGCAUUCAAUGCUCGGCCAUUCCUACUCUCUUCGUUGUCAUCACAAAAGUACGCAUCAUGAUCACACCCUAGAAACACUCAUCAUCAUCUAAACCACAACAACAUUUAAUAAAGUAUCUCUAGGAGUGAUCCAUGCUUAGACAUACUCGCAAAGAUGGUGAUGGCAAAAUCACUUUUUAGCCUUCAAAGGCUGGUUUGCUUGAUAAUAGCUUUCAUUCUAGCACUGCAGUCGAUCUCAGCAGAUUCAAUCGUCGAUGCUGCUUAUGGCUUCAACUUCGAACAAGAUGGAACCCAAUUGGAUCGUCGUCAGGUCUCUGGUACGGGCACAAGGAACGGCAAUUCUUCACCUACCCAAUCAAGUAGCAUUGUAAUUUCAACUGGGACACCAGUCUCUCUGGUAGAAUCACAAGUGGUAAUGACUACGCUUGCACUCAACUCUACCUCACCUGCUAGGUUUCAACUUGCGGCACCCUUCAAAAAUGCAACUCAACCUCUUUAUGUAGCAGCCAGCUUAUGUUCAGGACCAGGUAUACCGCCAUACGAUAUCGACAAUAGUACCGUUUUGAAGGAGUUAGGCUUAACUUACUUUGAAGCUAUGCAAUCUACCGUUCCGAUAAUGUACGUUUCAACAGAUUCAGCCAAUCAAUCACCCGGUCCAGACAAUAAAGCAGGCUCUCCCGAUAUAGCAUACUUUCUGGGAGGAUUGGCAACGGAUGUCAAUUAUGAUAAACAGCCAGACGGAGCUUGGAUAUCCAUCUAUCCUCCCCUUGAUAGACGAGGUGUGAUUGGAGAAUGGACAUUGGUGGUAACAGCUUCAUCACAAGUGCAACCUUUGAGAUUGCAAGAUACACAGGGAGUUCAAUUUGCAGAUAGCGAUCGCACUAAUGCUUUAUUGACAACUUUCAAUUCCUCACAAGGUGUUUCUCCCGAUCUUACGCUCGUCGUCCUUCCAACAUCUGACGCUGGAUUUUUACCAAAUGCAUAUUACUUCAAUUCUUCAGUCUGUGCAAUCGCAGCAGCAUACAAUAAAUUCAACGCAGUCGAUAAUGCCGACAAACCUGCUGUGAAUCGUUCAGACACUGUGAGAGGUAGUCUGUAUGAUAACACUACUCGUGUACAAUGGCAGGUAUCAAACCUUCAACCAGCCACGAAUUAUACCACUUGGUUGAUUGAAGUAGGCAACAACAGUGGUGGACCGUCAAGCAUUCUGAGCACGUCAACCUUAUGGCCUUCAGUGAAAUUCACAACCAAGCGAUCUGCGAAUUGCAGGUUGGUAUACGAUAUUGACUUUUGUCCUUCAGUGGCUUAUUCGAUUCCAGUCUCACCUACUGUCUCCACCGAAAAGGCACUCACGAUCAUCAAUGAAACCUUUACGCCAAAUUUUGCAAACUUCAGCGCAACGCUCGAUACAUUCCCUUGUGGCGAUAAAGCUUUUGGACAAUACAGUGCCUUGCAGACAUGUGAAUUGUGUAAGAAUGCAUAUCGAGAUUGGCUUUGUGCCGUAACAAUGCCUCGCUGUACCGAUUCUUUGUCGGUUGUGAACAACCAAACGAGUGCGGCUUAUCCGGAUCCGUUUACUCUUAUGGGCAUCGAAACUCCAUUGAAUACGGAAUUGUUGCCGUAUAUUAUUAACCGUAGAAACGAUAGUAGGCAGGCCUACAUUGAUUCAGAGAACGGAUUGGAUGCUGGAGCUUAUGGUGAAAUUUUGCCGUGCAUUUAUACCUGUUAUGCGGUUGCAAGUAGUUGUCCUCAACCUUUGAUUCAAUGGUAUUGUCCUUUGUGGGAUAUUACCGCUCAAUCUCAAUACGGAACCUUUGCUGAUGCCGGUGAAGGAGGAUUGGGCGAAGGAAAGAAUGGCGGAGCGGGUGAAUAUGGCCAAAGGUUUGGCGGGCCUACCAAAUACGUUGCUCAAGACGCCUUCGGUAAUGUAUUCUGCAAUAGCUUAAACGUUCAAAAGCGUUUCGUAGGCAUAGGACAUCCUUUAGGAAAGUCUUCUUCUGCCUUUAAUCUUAAAUCAUCUUCUUCAGCUCAUUUGAGCUUAAUUAUUGCACUUACAGUCGUAUUCUUUUUCAUGGACAUUUAACAUCCAAGACAAGCAUUCAGUUAGACUCUUUUCCCUUCUUUGCACUCACAUUCUUGCAUUUCCAUUUCCGUUGCUGUCGUUAUCAAGUUAUCAUAUUGUAUCGUAGUCAUUUCAUAAAUUUCAUCAGGAAGAAGUCAUUCAAUCGAAUUACAUGUUUUCGUCGUGUUUGAGAUAAAAUUCAGCAGCAAGUCAAAAUCCAUUUGUUCACGUCAGGCCCUGUGUGGUGGAGACACAUCAUUUGCCC